AUGGAAAUUGAAAAACUCGUGGCACUGGGAACCAAACUAGACCUCUCGGGAGCAGAACUAAAAAGGUGGAUAGAGGAAGAGACCGCCAAGCAAAGAGAGGAGAGAGCCCUAGAGCGAGAAGCUACUAGGGAGGCUACCGAGCGGGAACAAGAGGCGGCGAAAGCAGCCGCCGAGAGGGAGCUCGAGAUAUUGAGGCUGAGGCUAGAGCUUGAGAACAAGAAGGAGGGGAACCGCUCAUCCGGAGCAGGAACUGACGGCGAGGGUCACAGCGUUUUGAAAUUGAAUCCGAACAAGCUCCUACUCGCCUUCGACGAAAGGAAGGAUGACCUCGACGCUUAUAUAAGAAGGUUUGAGGGAAUUGCCUUAAGUCAAAAGUGGCCAGAAAGCCAAUGGGCCACCGCCCUAAGCACGUGCCUCACGGGGGAAGCCCUUAGUGUGUAUGGGCGAUUGCCGCCCGUAGAUGCCGCCGAUUACGGCAAAGUGAAAGCCUCGCUGCUCAAGAGGUUCCGGUUCACCGUUGAGGGCUUUCGCGAUAAAUUCCGUGAUGGGAAGCCAGUAGAUGGAGAGACGGCCACUCAAUACGCCGCCAGGCUUGGCCACUACUUCGACCGGUGGGUCGAGCUGGCCGCAGUGACCAAAGAUUUUGAAGGUCUCCGAGAGCUGAUCAUCAAAGAGCAGUUCUUAAAGGGUUGUCAUCCAGCCCUGGCCAUCUACCUGAAGGAAAGAAAACAGCCACAUUUGGAAGGACUGUUGGAGAUGGCCGACCAAUUUUUGGACGCGCAGGGUCGCAGUAACCUGGGGAAAGCCGGGAAAGGCGAGGCCGAACCCUCAGCGAAGAAAAGUAGCGAGGGGGGCGGGCCUCCGAGGCCCGCUAUGAGGUGCUACCUCUGUAAUAAGACGGGGCACAAAGCUGCACAAUGUCGUAGCCUGUACAACACCGGACAGGUGCCCACGUGUCAAAGGUGUGGCAGGAAGGGACAUAAGACGGAGGUCUGCCGGGGCCAGACAAAACCUCAGGCGUCGGGCAUCUAUAUGCCCCGACAAGACAGAAAGGACGGAAACGUCACGGAUGGGUUUUUAGAGCUGAAGGAUGGGACGAAAAUUCCGGUUGUCAACGCGGUAAUGACCCCGCGUCAUAAGUUCCUGGUCGAGGGAAUGCCAGUCGUUGAGGGCACAAUCGGACAGAAAAAGAUAACGGUUCUGCGCGACACGGGUAGUAACACGGUCAUCGUAAGACGAGGAUUGGUCGACGACGGCCUCCUCACUGGAACCAAAAAGCCGGUGUAUCUCCUGGAUGGAACCGUGAAAAUGCUUCCCGAGGCCCAUAUCCACGUUAAAACGCCCUACUUCAACGGAGGACUCAAAGCCCUGUGCAUGGACGGGCCCCUGUACGACCUCGUGCUCGGCAAUAUUCCCGGCGCUAGAGAACCGGACGACCCCGCGACUGACGUAGAGGUGGGGGACGACCCGAUACCGACAGGGCGAGUUCAGGAGGACCCGGCGGAACUUGACACACAGGAGGGCCAAGACGAGCCAGGACGCGAAACCCGGGCGGAAGUGGAAGAUCCCCUAACUCCGGUGUGUGCCGUGGAAACCAGGGCCCAGAGUAAGAAAAAACAAACUGGAUUGAAAAAACUACACGUGCCUCAAAUCGAAGGGCUGGCCAUCGACACGCCGAGCUUUGCAAAGGAGCAGGAAGAGGAUGACACCCUGCGCCCCUGCUUUAAGCGGAUUGGGGAAAGGGCCAGGGGAAAGACGGCCACGAUCACUUAUACAACCGGAGAGGGGCAAGGGCUUCUUUAUCGAGUAUACCGGGAGCGGUCGGGGAGAGAGACGCGCCAGCUCGUGGUGCCUCAGACCUACCGAAAAACUGUGCUGCAGGUUGCCCAUGAAAGCAUUAUGGCGGGACACCUGGGGCAGGCGAAAACGAAGAGCCGUAUCCUGGAAGAGUUCUUCUGGCCGGGAUUGGGCUCGGACGUACGGCGGUUCGUGCUAUCGUGUGACGUGUGCCAGCGAACAACACCGAAAGGAAAGGUCCCUCGCGUCCCACUGGGUGGGAGCCCCUUAAUAGAUACCCCAUUUCAGAGGGUUGCUAUCGACAUCGUGGGACCGAUGGCUCCGGCAUCGGGCCGAGGGAACCGGUACAUACUGACAAUGGUAGACUACGUGACUCGCUACCCGGACGCCGUGGCUUUGCCCAGCAUCGAAACCGAAAGAGUGGCAGAGGCCCUGGUCGAGAUGUUCGCGCGGGUCGGAAUGCCACGAGAGAUAUUAAGCGACCGGGGCUCGAAUUUCACUUCCGAGCUAAUGAAAGAGAUCAGCCGGCUCCUGUCGAUAAGACAGUUGCACACGUCCCCCUACCACCCCAUGGCGAAUGGAUUGGUGGAGAAGUUCAAUGGAACACUUAAACUCAUGCUGAAGCGAAUGUGCUCCGAGAGACCCAAGGAUUGGGACCGGUAUUUGCCCGCAUUGCUGUUUGCCUACCGGGAAGUGCCGCAGGCGAGCCUCGGCUUUUCGCCUUUUGAAUUGUUGUACGGUCGCCACGUCCGGGGCCCGCUAGCCAUUCUGAGAGAGGUGUGGACCAACGUCGAGCUCGACGCAGAGCUCCGGACCACCUAUGAACCCGUGCUCGACCUCAGAAAUCGCCUCGAGGAGACGUGCAAAAUCGCCCACGAGGAACUCGCGAGGUCGGGAGCUCGUUACGCUCGAUACUACAACCGGAAAACCAAGGAGCGGAGUUUCCAGCCGGGAGAGAAGGUGCUCCUACUGCUCCCCACGGACAACAACAAACUUCUGCUGCAGUGGAAGGGGCCCUUCCUCGUUACGAGAAAAACAGGAGAGGUCGACUACGAGAUCCAGACCGCGACCGGCCUGAAAUUGUUCCACGCUAACCUACUAAAGAAAUACGAGGAGCGGGGAAUCGAGAAGGAAGACGAGCGACAGGCCUGCGCGGUUCUCUCACUGACGGAAACCGAAGAUGACCAGCCGAUCCCUCUACCAGCAUUCCAGAGAGAGGAGGGCCCCGGAGACGCGAAAGUUUCAUCGAAGCUUAGUGCUGAGCAAAAGUCACAGCUCGACCGCGUAAUGCGCAGCCAUGAGAACAUCUUCUCCGACGUUCCGGGAAAAACCACAUGGAUACAGUGCGAGCUGAAGCAGACUACAGAUACCCCCAUCUAUGUGCGACAAUACCCACUGCCAUUUGCGACCCACACGAAGGUUGAGGAAGAGGUGCAAGAAAUGCUCAGGGACGCCGUUGUUGAGAAUGUAGAAAUGUGCGAGAUAUCCGUUCUCAAGGUGCGCGAAGCAGAUAUGCUCAUGGGACUUUUGGCGAUAGGGAUUCCUUAA